AUGGGACUAACUGAGGAAGAACGCAAAAAGGCUCGCAGGGACGCUCAAGGGCGUACUAUAUCUGGCCCUAUCGAUGUUAUAGCCUCAACGACAUUGCGUGAAGGUAGUGGUAGUUAUAUACGAGAUACCAACGAUCCUACGCAACAGCCCCCUCGCUAUCCUAACGCCUCUCUCAUUUAUACAGGCCAUUCAUCAACACCCGGUCAGUCUAAUGGUCAUGGCAAUCCUAAUCUGGCACCUCAAGGCUCUUCCAGGUCAGUCCCUGACAAUACCCACCAAUUAAACCAGGCUCCAGCUCAACCCGCACGUUACCAGCAACCGCCUAUGCAUACCUCUAGUCCCGGUCAAUUUAUCGAUACUCGUAGGCCCAGAAGCCGGGAUCGUUCUAGCUCUGCCCAACGCAAUAGUGGAAAUCGCAGUCAAUCUAGACCUUCUUCGUCUCAUUCUAAUGCUUCCUCUGUUGACAAUGGCACGACAACCACCUCCCAACGUGGCUCUCGCGGCUCUCGUCACUCUCAUCACUCUCAUGGCUCUCGUGACUCUACCGAUAGUCAUUCAUCUACCGCGUCCUCUUUGGACCGAGAUCCUUUCGAAUAUGAUAGCCCCAAGUACAGAAAGCUCCUCAAAAAGGGCUGA